GUUAGGACAUCUUGGAAACAAAAGACGCCAAAAGCAAGUGCUCGAUGAACCGAUCAUUCGGCACGUAUGUGAAGACUAAAUGGUUGUUUAUUUGCGAAUGUGUAAGAGAUUUAAGGGAUGUGAUUUUAUUCUAGGUCUUGCUUUUCCCAUAGAAUGAAAGUGUCAGGUACCAUGCAGUGAAAGGUCAUAGAAAAACACAAAUCGUAGAAAGAUUGGGAACCAUGUCUCACAAUGGUAGAGGCCGGUUCCGACCUCUAGGGUCAAUCAGGGCCAACCUAAAAUCUGGAGGAAGUGAGAAAAUCCCACACAUUCCUUCAGCUUCAUCUGUCACCUCUAAAGUAAACCUGGAGAAGGAUAACCAGGGAAUACUCGGGAACGCCAUGGCGGUGCCGCCGGUGAAGGAAAAGAAAGAGGAGAAAGUGAAAGUACAAUCAGCUAAAUCCGAUUCUGGCUCCAGCACAAAGUCCCAGGAAUCAGAGUAUAAGAAGGAACUCCAGGAUGCAAAGGCGAGGGAAAAGGAUUUAUUGAAAGAGAUUGCAGAGCUGAAAAAACUGAUAGAAGAACUGAGAAGGCAGAUACAGGAGGGGGAGCAGACAAUCGCGUCACUCAGAUCCGAAUUAAAAACACAGGAAGAAACACUCACAGGACAGAUAAACAAAGAGAAAUCGGAACACGAGGCCACAAAGCAGUCAUUACAGGGAGCACGCUCAGAAAUCGACGAACUCCGAGCUCAGAUCGAAAAACUCCGCAAGGAGAAUGAAGAUCAGAUCGUCAAGCACAAGAAAGAGCUUGAGGAAAAGAUAUUAGAAAUCACUACCUCUAAAGACAAGGAAAUAAAGAUUAGAGAUGAGAAACUAACCAGGUUAAAAAACCAGAUGGCAGAUGCCUUAAAGGGGAAUUCAUGGGAGAGACAGCAGCAGUUAGAGGAGCUAACAAAGGAGCUGGCCAGGAUACAGGAGGAAUGUGACGCUCUUAGGAUGAGGCUCAAAGCCUCCAAAUCUAAGGGUGGACACUGCGCAAAUUGCCAGGAUAUGACAGCCAAGCUGGAAAAAUUCAAUGCCUCAAUUAAAGAAAAAGACCAAACAAUCAAAGAACUGAAAUCACUGUGUGCUAAAUUUGAAAAACAGCUGACUCAACAAGACUAUUUGUUAAAACAAUGGGCGGAGUCUAAAGGUCACAAGGUCAAAUAAACUGACAGGAAAUGUGACCUUCAAAAUCCAUAUAAAUUAGUAAGAUUUUACAAAGUGUUCAACUUUGAGUGCCAGUGCAGUGCAAAUGUGGUGAAACUGUUGAAAAUACCUGGUACUCAUAUUAACAUACAUGUAAAAUUAGUACAAUAUAUGCAAUGUUUUAAGACAUCUUGAAGCAUAAUGUACACUGCUAAGUUUUUAGUCCUAUAUUGAUUUUGUAUGUUGACCAGUCAGUACUCAAGUAUUCCGUCCAGUGAUUACAAUGGGACAUAUUUUACUUGUUCAUGUAUAAAUCCUUUGUAAUACUGCCAAAUUUCAUGUUAAUUGAUCAGGAAAUCAUUGGUCAAUAAUAUUAAUUUUAGGGCAUUUUACUCUGCCUGUGAUGCUUUGUUUUAUUUGACCUUAUUAGUGAUAUACCAUGGCCUUAAAUUAGUAUGAUUAUGUACUGUCUUAGUAUCUGCCUGUCCGUCUGUCUUUCCUUCUGCCUAUUUGAGGUCUGAGACAGACAGAUAUGUAUUACAAUUCUGUGUUUCUGUGAUGAACUGUCAAACAACCCUACAGCUCUGUGCCUUAUUCCUCUGCAGUUUCACUAUUCUUUUUCAGAUAAUGGAUAAUUAUCAGCUGUUCUAGUCCACCAGACAAAUUCAUUUUUAGGGGUCAGAUCUGCCAAAUCCUAGUCAUAUUUGUUACAGGAGUGAUAAAAGCUUUAUGCUGAAGUUAAGUUUAUCAAGACAAUUUUAAAUUACUCUCCUGAUUUUCUGUUUCAGACAU